AUGGUAGGCGUAGUUCUAACUUGUGAAUACAAACGAAUGCAUGAAAUCAAAAAAAAGUUCACUUCGCUUGUUAUUGCCUCGAAACAUAAUCGGCAUAAGAAAACAAAGUCAGUUGCUUUUUUCUUCCAUCAAAAGAAAGUCGAUUACAGUUGUUUACUCGCACACAAAAGAAAAAUGUCUGAAACCGAUUUGAAAAGUGAAGUUUUAUUGAAAGAUAUUCAACCAGAAGGCAUACUUUCCAAGCUUCCAUUCAAUGCCAAUCAGUGCCCAUUGUUCAUAUCAUCGAACGGAAAUGCCACAGCAUUGUAUCGUUACACGAAUUCUGGACCGUUCAUUGAAUUAUUCGAUCCAUCAAGUGAUAAUCUGAUCCCCGCACUGAAAUUCUCAAUAAUUCAAGGAAGAUUCUGUAUAAUCAAUUUUGGCUUAAUUAAAGAUCCUGAUCAGAUUCGUCAAAUGCUAGAGACAUUCCAAAAGCGUUGCGCGUUAAUUCAUCGUGAUUUGUAUAAUCAUAUUAUCCACAAUUCUCUUAUGAAGCAAUCAUUCGACACUUUGAUGUCGUUAAUUCCAUUUGAUCCAAUUCAUGAAAUGGUACCUGAAAUCUAUCGAAAUAGCAAAGCAGUCUUUCGUUUUCUUUUCUUCGCACAAAUCGAAGAUCAAUCUCUUCAAUGGGACAAGUAUGAGUUUGCUUCGAAAUUUCGUUGUGUCCGUGUUAAAACAUGA